CAACCUAGCAAGUCUCUGAUACUGAUCCACCUCUUGCAGCUUGGCAUCUGGAAGAGGUACGGGGAUGCUCUGCGGUCGGCCGUGAAGGACGGAGGAGGCCCCGGGGCGAAGGAGCUUGUGACGCAGCAGGGAGACCUUGCCGUUCUGCGCUGGCUGGAAGCUCUGGUGCAGACUCUGCCAAACCUCCUCCUGCAGGCCUCCUCAUGUGUAGUGAUGAAGUCCCAAGUUGUUGUCCCAGACAUAUUUCAGUCAGCAUGAGGCUCCUUUGUCUCUUUCUACUUGUCUUCCUGCUGUUCCAGCCGGCCUGUCUGGAUAAGUCAGGCACAGAACGAUGCAGGCGGCUGAAGGGCCUUUGCCGACAUACCCUCUGCCAUCCAGUGGAAGUCUACGUGGGCCGAUGCAACAACGGAAUGGGGAACUGCUGCGUCGAUGAUGCAGAAGACAUUCGGAAACGCAGCCACUAGAACCUCUGCUGCUCCUGGCAGUGUAGGAAGGCUAAGCAGUCCAAACAACGCUUGUCAUUUUGGACUUUGAGUGGUCCAGGAUGGGGGAAA